AUGGUGAAGAUAAGCAACAGCCUGGUCGGCGUGCUCAACUUCCACACCCUCCUCAUCUCCUUCCCGGUCAUUGACAUCGCCCUAUGGUUACGGAUCAAGGCCCCCACGGAAUGCGAGCGGUUCCUCCAACUGCCCCUCCUCGUCGUGGGCGUCUUCCUUUUCGUCGUGUCUGUGCUGGGCGUCGUCGGCUCGUGCUUCCGGGACUCCAUCUUCCUCUGCAUCUACGUCUUCCUCCUCUUCCUGCUGAUCCUUGCCAUGGCUGCCUUCACCGUCUUCGCCUUGGUCGUGACGAACAAGAGCAUCGGCCAGGCGAUAUCGGGGAAGGGAUACAAGGAGUAUAGGCUGGGGGACUACUCGCACUGGCUGCAAAAGAGGGUGGGGGAUCGGAAGAAUUGGAGGGUGAUCCAUGGCUGCAUGAAGGAGGCCAAGGUCUGUGGCCGUCUCGAAGAUGACAUCGGCACGAAGGCCUCCGAGUUCUACAGGAAAAACCUGUCACCCAUGCAGUCUGGUUGCUGCAAGCCGCCAACCUACUGCGGAUUCACCUACGCUAAUGCUACAUAUUGGAUCAUCCCAAGAUCUGGUCUCUCUUCAUCAAAUCCUGAUUGCAAGGCAUGGAGCAAUGACCAAGAUAAGCUGUGCUAUGGCUGCAACGCAUGCAAGGAAGGUGUUCUUGCAAACCCUCGAGAACGGGUGGAAGAAGGUCGUCAUCUUAAAUGCUGCUCUUCUUGCCUUUGUCAUCGUCAUCUACUCGGUUGGAUGUUGCGCAUUCAGGAACAACAAUUCUCAUAG